UCAUUACUUGCAGAGCAGUCUUCCUGAAGACUCCUUUCUGUAAGUGCCAAGAACGACUCCAGAGACCCACCGUACAGAUUGGAAGGGAGAACCAGCAUGAGGUGGUGAAGAAGACCACUGCUAAUCUGACAUGCGGGGACUCAGGAGCCUCACCACUCAUGGACUCCAGUCUGUGCUGCUGGCCCCAGCCCCGGGGCUCUGAGAAGUCCUUGCUGCCACACCACAGCAGCCUCCUGCCAUCUAUGUGUGUUCACUGCUGAAGGACUCGGUGGCCCUGGCCAUGAGGAUGUAUGCCCCCAUUAGGGGGCUGUUCUUGGCCCUGAUGGUAGUGUUGGGGACAGUGGUGGCAUAUGCACCUGUGCCUCGGAUCACCUGGGAGCAUGGAGAGGUAGGUCUGGUGCAGUUUCACGAGCCAGGCAUCUUUAACUAUUCGUCCCUGCUGAUGAGUGAGGACAGAGACACUCUAUACGUGGGGGCCCGGGAAGCUGUCUUCGCAUUGAAUGCACUGAACAUCUCUGAGAAGCAACAUGAGGUGUAUUGGAAGGUCUCUGAAGACAAAAAAGCCAAGUGCGCAGAGAAGGGGAAAUCAAAGCAGACGGAAUGCCUCAACUACAUCCGAGUCCUGCAGCCGCUCAGCACCACCUCCCUCUAUGUGUGCGGGACCAAUGCAUUCCAGCCCACCUGUGACCACCUGAACUUGACAUCCUUCAAGUUUCUGGGGAAAAAUGAAGAUGGCAAAGGAAGAUGCCCUUUCGACCCUGCCCAUAGCUACACAUCAGUCAUGGCUGGGGGAGAGCUCUACUCUGGGACAUCGUAUAAUUUCUUGGGCAGUGAACCCAUCAUCUCUCGAAACUCUUCCCACAGUCCCCUGAGGACAGAGUAUGCCAUCCCGUGGCUGAAUGAGCCUAGCUUCGUCUUUGCGGAUGUGAUCCAGAAAAGCCCAGAUGGUCCUGAGGGUGACGAUGAAAAGGUCUACUUCUUCUUCACGGAGGUGUCUGUAGAGUAUGAGUUCGUUUUCAAGUUGAUGAUCCCACGAGUGGCCAGGGUGUGCAAGGGGGACCAGGGCGGCCUUCGCACUUUGCAGAAGAAGUGGACCUCCUUCCUCAAAGCCAGGCUGCUCUGCUCCCGGCCAGACAGUGGCCUGGUCUUCAACAUACUGCAGGAUGUGUUCGUGCUGCGGGCCCCAGGCCUCAAGGAGCCCGUGUUCUAUGCGGUCUUCACGCCACAGUUGAAUAACGUGGGCCUGUCCGCGGUUUGUGCCUACACGCUGGCCACAGUGGAGGCAGUCUUCUCUCGUGGGAAAUACAUGCAGAGCGCCACGGUGGAGCAAUCGCACACCAAAUGGGUGCGCUACAGUGGCCCGGUGCCCACUCCCCGGCCUGGAGCGUGCAUCGACACUGAGGCUCGGGCAGCCAACUACACCAGUUCUCUGAAUCUCCCAGACAAAACACUGCAGUUUGUAAAAGACCACCCUUUGAUGGACGACUCUGUGACCCCUAUAGACAACAGACCCAAGCUAAUAAAAAAAGAUGUGAACUACACCCAGAUAGUGGUAGACAGGACCCAGGCCCUGGAUGGGACCUUCUACGAUGUCAUGUUUAUCAGCACAGACCGGGGAGCCCUGCAUAAAGCUGUCAUCCUUGGGAAAGAGGUGCACGUUGUCGAGGAGACCCAACUCUUCCCGGACUCUGAGCCGGUCCAAACUCUGCUGCUGUCAUCAAAGAAGGGGAAGAGGUUUGUCUAUGCUGGCUCCAACUCCGGAGUGGUCCAGGCUCCCUUGGCCUUCUGCCGACAGCACGGUAGCUGUGAGGACUGCGUGCUGGCACGGGACCCCUACUGCGCCUGGAGCCCAGCCGCCAAGGCCUGUGUUACCGUGCACCAGGCAGUGGGCACCAGCAGGGGCUGGAUUCAGGAGAUGAGUGGCGAUACGUCCUCGUGUCUGGAUAAGAGUAAAGAAAGUUCCCAUGAGCAUUCCUUCAAGCACGGUGGCAUAGCAGAACUCAAAUGCUUCCAAAAGUCCAACCUGGCCCGGGUGGUGUGGAAGUUCCAGAACGGCGAGUUGAAGGCUGUAAGUCCCAAGUAUGGCUUUGUGGGCAGGAAGCACCUGCUCAUCUUCAACCUGUCGGAGGGAGACAGCGGCGUGUACCAGUGCCUGUCGGAAGAACGGGUGAGGAAUAAGACUGUCUCCCAGCUGCUUGCCAAGCACGUCCUGGAAGUGAAGGUGGUUUCUCGGACCCCCACGUCACCUGCCUCCCAGGCUGUUCAGACAGAAGGUAGUUGGAUCACUUCCAAAAUGCCAGUGGCAUCUACCCAGGGGUCCUCUCCUCCUACCCCUGCUCUGUGGGCAACCUCCCCCAGAGCUGCCACCCUACCUCCCAAGUCCUCCUCUGGCACAUCCUGUGAACCAAAGAUGGUCAUCAACACAGUCCCCCAGCUCCACUCAGAGAAGACAGUGUAUCUCAAGUCCAGUGACAACCGCCUGCUCAUGUCUCUCCUGCUCUUCAUCUUCCUCCUCUUCCUCUGCCUCUUUUCCUACAACUGCUACAAGGGCUACUUGCCCGGACAAUGCUUAAAAUUCCGCUCAGCCCUGCUGCUUGGGAAGAAGAAGCCCAAGUCAGAUUUCUCUGACCUGGAGCAGAGUGUGAAGGAGACGCUGGUGGAACCUGGGAGCUUCUCACAGCAGAAUGGCGACCAGCCCAAGCCAGCCCUGGACACCGGCUAUGAAACCGAGCAAGACACCAUCACCAGCAAAGUGCCCACAGAUCGGGAGGACUCCCAGCGGAUCGACGAACUCUCUGCCAGGGACAAACCGUUUGAUGUCAAGUGUGAACUGAAGUUUGCAGAUUCAGAUGCUGAUGGGGACUGAAGCCAGUGUGUUCCAGCCCAUGUCCCGCAGUCUUUGUGGAGAGUGUUGUGUUGAGCCCGUUCAGUAGCCAAGUCUUGUCACCGUACGCCAGCCUCAGUCCUUUGUCUUCUUUUUCUCUCUGGUUGAGUCUGUGACUUGUUCCUCUUUGUCCUUUUGGGAAACAAAUAUCUAUUCCAGUCUCAAGUCCUACAGUCGCCGGAGCGCUUAUUUAAGAUGUACCUGAGCCCUUUGUGUCCUGGGGGAGCAACGACCACCUCUGUGGCCUGAGAAGAAUGGCCCUUCCUCUUCCCCUUCUCGUAGCAGCCACUGAAAGAUAAUUUAAUUCCAGAUUGGAAAGGACCGUCUAGUUUAUCAGAUUGGUAACGUAUCACCUGCUGUCCAGAUUGGCACGGACUCUUUCUUUCAUUUAAUUAUUUUUGAGGAUUUUUGUGCUGAUUAUGUUGAUGUCUUAGGUCUUUUUUUUUUUUUUUUUUUUUAAACUACCGAAGGAGAUGUUUUACUAUUCAUGAGAAGAUGUGCAUUUUCUAGAUUUUUUUUGUUAUAUAUUGAGAUAAAAUAUGGCUUAUGUCGCUUAAGAUUCUCAGGGAUAGACUUAUUUUUGCUAACUGCAUUCUUUCGUGCUGUUAGGAAUGUAGGCCUAAAACUGUCUCUUGAACUCACUCACCCUUUCAUUUUAGUGUUUUUUUUUUU